UCCAUAAGAGGGAGUCAAGUUUCUUAUAUGCGCCGUUUUCGCCCACUUCCACAACACAGCGACGGAGCGCCGUGACCGGAGAGGGGGGACAUAUCGCCUGGCGACGGUCGUUUCGUCUCACAGCGGCUGUGGAAGCUCGUAUCUGCGGUUGGAUAGUCCGUCGGUCGGUCAGUUCGCCCCUUCAGCCGUCAGCCCGCAACUUCGCCCUUUUUCGCCACAGCUGGAAAACAAGCGGGUUCAUGAUCACCACCAGGAAGCUCUUCGUUUUUUCUUACCUGGAUUAACUCGCAGACGACAAUAUUCCUCCUUUUUUCUUCCACUCUUCUUCUUUUCUUUUUUUAUUAUUUUCGGGGUAACGGAGAGUUUUUUUCUCUGUCAGAAUGUUGUGGAAAUUAGCCGACAACGUGAAAUAUGAGGAUGACUGUGAGGAAAGGCACGACGGCAACAGCAAUGGGAACCCCCGGCUGCCUCAUCUGCCGGCGGUCAGCCAGCACCUCUACAGCCCGUCUCCCUCUCUGUCACACUCGGCCAGUUCGGACUUCCAGCCCCCGUACUUCCCACCUCCCUACCAGCCCAUCUCCUACCCGCAGUCCACCGACCCCUACUCCCACCUCGGCGACCCUUUCAACCUCAACUCCAUACACCAGUCGCCGUCGUCGAACCAGCAGCAGCCGUGGCCCGGCCGUCAGGGCCAGGAUGGGCUCGGCGCGCACGGGAGGAGCGGCCUGGCGAGUCAGAUCCUCGGCCUGGAGGGAGGCUCGUCCGGGGUGAGGAGGGAAGGGUUCCGCCGGCCGGAGCUGCUGCCCCCACACGCGCACGGCAUAGAGGCGUCGGUCAUUGGCGAUAACAUGGGGAUGCACGACAUGGGCCACGGACUGGAGGAUGUUCAACAUGUAGAUGACCACAGUAUUAUUAUGGCAGAUCAGACAGUCAUCAAAAAAGUAUUAGGACUACGAGGUGGCAGGAACCUUGAUCGCUUACAGAGGACUUAUUAUCAGGGGGGCGUUCUUGCGGGGCCUGUCACUCUACCUAAAGGCAACGCGCUGGGUCUUCCCUUCCAGAAAGAGUCCCUGCUGGGCAUGGUAUCAAACCCAACAGAGGUGUUCUGCUCCGUGCCGGGCCGUCUUUCCUUGCUGAGCUCCACAUCCAAGUACAAGGUUACCGUGGCCGAGGUCCAGAGACGUCUGUCGCCCCCUGAGUGCCUCAAUGCCUCGCUCCUUGGAGGGGUUUUACGCAGGGCCAAGUCAAAAAAUGGAGGUCGCUCUCUGAGAGAAAAGCUGGAUAAGAUCGGGCUCAACCUGCCCGCAGGAAGAAGGAAGGCAGCCAAUGUCACUCUACUUACCUCACUCGUAGAAGGUGAAGCUGUGCAUUUAGCGAGAGACUUUGGUUACGUGUGUGAGACAGAGUUCCCUGCGAAGGCAAUUGCUGAAUACCUGGGCAGGGCGCACGUGGAACGCAACGAGGUUAACUCUCGCAAGAACAUGCUCCUUGCUGCCAAGCAAAUCUGCAAGGAGUUCACCGACCUGCUCACUCAGGACCGCUCACCUCUGGGAAACUCUCGGCCGGCCCCCAUCAUAGAGCCCGGAAUCCAAGGCUGCCUGACCCACUUCAGCCUCAUCACCCACGGCUUCGGCUCUCCGGCCAUCUGCGCCGCCAUGACCUCGCUUCAGAACUACCUGAACGAGGCGCUCAAACAAGUGGACAAGAUGUACCUGAGCUCUGGUAGCGACACCCAGGGAUCCUCAGACAGUGGAAGCAAAUCUACCGACAAAAUGGACAAGCACAGGAAAUGAGAGCUUGAAGGAGGAUCCUUAUGAACCUGAGAACCCCUGAGUCCCUUAUUCUUGCUGCCCUGUCUGCCCUUUUUGGACUUUUAAAAAAAAAUCAAUAUUGAUUGAUAAGUAUUGUCAUUUUGAGAGCAGAAUUUGUGCGUGAGUGUGUGUAUGUGUGUGUGUACCCGCACUGUUGAAUUUAUAGCAUAUUUUAUGAGAAGUUGAUGAUUUCUAAGAACUUGUCACAGCUGGCUGCAGAUCAGUCUGUGUUGGCACCUAUGGUGACAGCGCGUGUACCGGUCCCGGUGGGAGCCCGCCGUGUGAGGGCGUGACACACACCAAAUCACACGAACCACUAUGCAGUUCCAUACAGUUGCCAAUGUGCUGAUGCUACAACCACGAGACCUGCACUCUGUUGACGAGAGGAGGAACAGAACAAAGUGCAGAGUGUUUUUUUCUUCUUCUCCCUAGUGGACAUCAUUUCAAGAUGAGUUGCUGUGGCUGUGAAUUCCUCUCAGCCCCCGCCCCUUCCACCCCCACCCCGCUCUGUCUGGAGGCAAAUCCACUGAUUUCCUGUGUCUCAAUGGACUUGCAAAGGACAUUUUUUUUUUUAUAUGAGAAAGAGAGAGAAGAAAAUCCACUUCAUUUUUUUUGUGCUUGAUUUGUACAACCACUUCAAAAUGGCUCCAGUGUUAUUGUGCUUUGUUCAUGAGAGAUGAUUUGAAUCUUAUGUAGGCCUGAAUGAGAAAAGACGAUUUUUGGUUUGUCAGUCUGUGUUCGGUCAGAAACCAGAGACUUUAAAGCCUCUACAGUGUUCAUGUGGAUUACAGGCGUAGCAAUGCUUCCAUUGUUGCUCUAUCUUUUCAACCUGGCGGCGAGAACACGUUACUCUUGUGACCAUGUUAGGUAUUCAUCAUUCUUAGUAUUUAAAAACCCUGAGUUACCAUCAACCUACCAACCAGUUUCAUCCUGCCAGAGUGUAUGUAUGUUGUGAGAAUGUGUGUAAAUGUAUAUAUUUCUUUCUUUACAAAUGUUUUUAAUUAGACAUUAAAUUCCAUCCCAACAUAGAAUUUUAUCCAGUGUCUUGUCCUGGAUGUAAAUAUUUUCUAAUUUAUGUUGUAAUUUAAUGGGCUAGUGUAAAUAAUGGUAUCACUCUGGUGUAUGGUUUCACUUUUUAUGACGAUGUGUUAAACUUUUAUAAAUGGGUUAGUUUUUUAUCAAGUAGAGGUUAGGAAGUGGGCAUGAUAUACUUUUUUGAAAAUAUGUUUUAAAAAAAACUGUUUUAAAGUUUCAGGAAAAAUAAAAAAAAUAAAGUGAAAGACUGGA